GAUCCUGCCUUUUGACAAGUUGUGUUGCUACUCAGGGAAAAAUGAGUGCCUGGCCAUCUCCUCUGCUUUGGACCUUAACCAUGUCGUAUUUAACUGGUGUUACUUUAGGCCAGACAACCACCUUUGAGGUCUCUAUUUCAUCAACACCAGUGCCUCCCAGUGUGACCAGUGCCCAAGUCCCCAUUGCAUCAACCCCAGCACCUCCCAGUGCAACCAGCACCCAGGUCCCCGUUGCAUCAACCCCAGCACCUCCCAGUGCAACCAGCACCCUGGUCCCCAUUGCAUCAACCCCAGCACCUCCCAGUGCAGCCUCUGCUCCCCCAGCUGCAGCUGCCACGCUUGCUGCUGGAGUGGAAUCAGCCACUUCAAACCUUGCUGUGUCCUCAUCAGUGUCAUCUGCUGGGCCAAGCACAGGAACAUCUGCUCAGACUCUGCCUGCUGCCACAGCUGUCACCACCCAGGUCUCUGCAGGACUGAUGGCUGCAUCCUCCAGUGCCCUGGUGUCCCCUCCAGGCCUGACCACUUCUCCUGGGGGCCCAGCAGAAUCUCUCUUCCUCACCACCAAGCCCUCCAACUGCAGCAGAGUGAAUGUCACAGCCUGUGCCCAGUGCUCCCCAGGGACAUUUCCCAGUGGAGGCACCCUGAGCUGCUCAUGCUGUGCUGUGGGCUCGUGCACAGACCCUGAAGCAUGCAUCUCCUGCCCACUGGGCCACUACCAGCCCCAAAGUGGGCAACCAUCCUGCCUGCCUUGUCCACAGGGGACUUACACCAACUUCCCAAGGAGCAUCCUGUGCCUUCCCUGCCCACCUGGAUAUUUUGGUGAAGAGUCUGGGGCUGCAGCCUGCAGAGCAUGUGAGAAAGGCUUUUUUAGCUCUGAGCAAAAUGCAACUUCAUGUCUGCCUUGCCUGCCUGGAUCAUUUUGCAACACCACCAGCUGCACCAUGUGUCUGCCCUGUCCUGCUGGGCAAGAGGCUCUUCAGGAGGGGUCAGAGGAGUGUGUGUCCUGCCCCACAGGUACCUUCAAAGGUCCCAGCGACAACAACUGCAAGCCCUGCAGGACAGGAGAAUACCAAUUACAGAGGGGCAAGGAGAGCUGUGACCUGUGCCCAGAAAAUCACUACUGCCCUAGCCCAGAUGUGCUGCCCAUGAAGUGCCCUCUUGAUGCCUUCUGCCCCAGGGGCAGUGCUGAGCCCCAGUACUGCAAGGAGCUUUUCCUUUACAAGUCAGGGGACUCCUGCCAGCUGACUCCCCUCACAGUUGUUCUCCUGGUCACCUUCUCAGGAGGUGGAAUCCUUGCUGUCUUUCUAAUAAUUUUGAGAAGAAUGCAAGAACAUAACAAGAAAUCAUUAAAGUCUCUGCUCCUGCUCCAAGGCUCAGGAGGACACAAAAAUUAUGGGGGGUUGGAGCACACAGAACCAGUCUAUGCUGGCUGGUAGCCAGGACAUGCUGCUGGCAAGCACCCCGUUCUCUUUUGCCUGGGGCAAUACAGAAAUCUGUGUACAAGGAAAAAUGUUUAACCCAUUUCUGUACAGCUAAAAUACAUGCUGAGAAAUAAAACUCAGUUUCUGAGUUGUGGCUGCUUAUGCAAACCAACCCAGCAGCCUGCU